AAAAUACAUUUCAUUUGUCUUUGUUUCAUGUACAAGUAUGUACUAUGUUGACCCAACAUUCAAAUAGUACCUGAAUCAAAGUUGUUUUUGUAUUUUUCUGUGUCUACGUUUGUUAUAAACGAAAGGUUCAACAACAGCAUAAGCCUUUGUCGGACUGUAAAUAUAAAUGUACGGAUUCAGUGACUUAUUUUGUUAUAAUUUGCGUGCAGAUCAUAAUACAACAAAUGUAGUAAUUACCUAGAAGUGUACCAACAGCAGUAACAAAUACGGGCACAUAUAACUGCAGCUAACAGAUGAGCCCCAACAACAGAUGUCAAUUGCUGCAGCUGAAAAUGCAGGGCUUAGCCCAAGUGAUUUACCAGAUCAUUGGGCCUCAGGUACAGCGAGCGCAACACCAACAACGGCAACAACAGCAUCUAGCAAGAGCAACAGCAGCUCGAGGCACAGACCCUCCACGUACAAUAACAGCGGCGGCAACACAGUUUGUCAUCUGCCUCGUUCAUCUCCUGCAACUGCAACCGCAGCCGUUACUGUUUCCACCACUUGUGGGAGCCUGCUAACUGGCCCGUCACCGCUGUUGCCUAGUUUAGCGCCCACAACGCCGCUGCAGUUAAACACGGCAGUAGGCAUUGGUGGUGCUGCUGGUGGUAGUGGCGGUGGUGGAGGUGUGCCAGGAGGCGCACCAGGCGGCGGAACAAGCAAUAACUUGUUAGCACUGCAACAACAGCAGCAACAUCAGCUAGCCUACCAUCAGCAGCAACUUCAGAAUCAUCCUCAUCAACAACCCUCUCAUCAUUUAAGUCAUAGCAAAGCGACGUCUGGUUCUACAGCCACAGCCAAUAUUGCAGCUGCGCUGCAACGCUCCGCUGCCAAUAUGAAUGCAGUAGCAUCGCCGAUCUCAGCUAAUUCGGCAACGUCAACACGUAAAAUACGACGAAAAACGGAUCCAAAGGUGAAUUUGCCUCAAUCGCAAAUUAAUAAAUGCAACAAUGAAAAACGACGUCGGGAAAUGGAAAACAAUUACAUUGAACAACUUUCCGAGCUUUUGCAGUUGAAUAAACGAGGAGAUAUGACAUCAACGAAACCCGACAAGGCGGCAAUUUUAAAUCAAGUAGUUCGAGCGUAUCGUGAUAUCUGUGACAAAGGGCAAAGCCGUGAUAUAUCUUCAACCUCUACCAAUAACAACUCCACGACAACGACUAACAACAAUAGCAACAAACAACAAACAACCUCAAUCCGUUGUACACGCUGCGCAACAGACAACUGCUCAAUCCACCCUGUGCAACAGGGGGAAGUCUCCUCGACGGAGUCACCACUGCCGGAGCCAUCUAUGCUUAACGGACAAGUGCCGGAAAUUUCGGCGUAUUUUGAGGCUCUCGAACAUUACAUCAGUUCAGUGGGCUGGGUACUGUUACAAGUCAACGCGAACGGCAUCAUCGAAUCUUGCACGCAAAAUAUACGCGAAUUAAUCGGAUAUGAGAAGCAGGAACUGUACCACCAGCCACUUUAUAUGUACCUGUAUGCUGGGGAUCACGCAAAGUUGGAGCCAAUUAUAAAUAAUAUGUACAGCGGUGUUGGUGUAAGUGGCAGGGGUGCGAGUGUUGGCUCAGCUGGGACUAGCUGGGGCGAUCUAGAUGAACUGAACAAUGGUAACGCCUCGCAGCAGUCAGCGGGCUCGAACUCAAAUUCUAGUGGUGGCGGCGGAGGAGGAGCCUAUAAGCCCAAACGCAGCAUUUCGACCAAAGUACGCAUGCUAGUCAAGGACACCCGGCCAGCAACUCAGACUUCCAAUUCCGGCACGUUAGAUGCUUCAGAUCAAAAACCCUUGCGGCAAGUAGGACAACAGGACAAAUAUGAGGAAGUAGUUCUCAUAGCAGCGCCGGUCAAGGACGAUGCAGAUGCCAACAGCUCGGUGUUGUGUCUCAUCACACGACCCGAGGAUGAGUCCCCGCUAGAGAUCAAUAUGCAGCAGCACGUGCAGCAGCAGCCUAUAGAACAGAUGACGUUUAAGCUGGACAUACAUGGAAAAAUACUCAGUUUAGAUGCAACAGCGCUGCGUGAACCUUUUAAACAGCACCUGCAGACAUGGGUGGGCCGCUUGUGGCAAGAUCUGUGCCACCCUCACGAUCUCUCCAUGCUCAAGUCCCACCUACGAGACAUACAGGACUCUGCGGCCGUACACUCACCAGGCAGUGCCAGUGGCGUACCUAUAUUGAAUCCGCCUAUAGUAAAUGUUGUUUCGCGUCCAUUUCGCCUGCGUCUUGGCACGCCCGAUGUCUAUGUCCAUAUUAAAGCCAAUUCGAGACUUUUUCUGAACCAGACGCCUGGAGAGAGUGAUUUUAUCAUGUCUGUGCAGACGCUGCUCAACUCCGAAAACGAUAUGAACACCAACAAUACAGGAAGUGCUGGUGCUGGUGGCACUGGCAUUGGCUCAAUAUGCGCCAUGUCCCCGGGCACUUCUCUGGUUAGCACAUUGUCCUUAGAUGCAUUGUCCGGAUCCAAUUGCUCCACCUCAAGUGGACCUGCGACAAUUCUACCAGCACAUCUUCUAGGCGGUCUAGUAGGUGGAGGACAACACAAUAACAGUACGACCAACACACAGACUACAAAUGUGGGUGGUCCUUUGAUGAGCUCGGCCAUAAUCAAUGGCAAUGCAUCUGGAAGCAUGGGGCAUGCCCAUGUACCUGGGGGCGUAGGUGGCAUACCGGGGGGUAUACAGCAGAGAGGCAUGUCCUCUGCGUCCGCAUCGGCUUCCACGCUUGUCAAUUCCUUUACUGCGUCACCAGCCGGAGCUGAUCAUUCGUUUUUCGGCAGCGACAACUUUGAAUUUGACAUUGCACAUUCCUCCUUCGAUAUGGAUCCAACUAGUGGCGUCAGUGCCUGGACGGACUCUCGGCCCAAUUCUAGAGCAUCCGUGGCUACACCAGUCAGUACUCCCAGGCCACCAUCCGGCCACGGUUUCAGCCCAGCCGUGUGUGCAUCGCCCUCGACACCUUAUCAGCUUUCAUCGCAUUCAGCUGCCAGCUUACCAUCGCCGCAGUCCAACGCUAGUGCUGGUGGACCUGCCAGCAACUACGGCUUCAGUUUUCACAACUACGAUGCCUCUGAUAGCAAGCCAGAAAAAGAGCCCCAACUGAACAACAACAACAACAGCACAAGUAGUAAUAACAACAAUUCCAUAGUAAGCGGCACAGCUGGAGGGCUACCGGAUGGAAGCAGUGGUUUACUUAUGACGCAACAAACGCCACCGCAGCCGGAAUUGGAGCGGCUUAGACAUCUGCUGACGAAGUCCCAGACCCACGCCAUGCAAGGACUUGGUGAUGAUGAAAAGGAUUUGAAUGCGCCAAAGUAUUUUAAACAGGAGACCAGCGACGAUGACAAGCUAGGUGGGCCAAGCCUGAGCAAUAGUAAUGCUACAGCGGGUCUCUUUAAAUUGAGUCAGACCAAUGCAGCUUUGUUUGGGAUUUCCAGUCGUGGCGCCGGCCCGGGAAUUUUGCAGAUGUCAGCAAAUUCCAAAAAUCCAAUGCUUUUGUCGUUGCUAAACGAAAGGUCUGAAGAUGACGAUGGCAAAGGAGCUAGUGCGCAAGGUGCUGUGAGCAAUGCACGGCAAAGCGAGCUCAUGCGUCAACUCCAGAAAGACGAUGGUGGUCAUAGCGGCAGCAGUUCUCAGAACAACAGCAACAAUAUGAGUAACGAGGAUCUCAAACGCAUGCUCAAGAUACAGAGCGAUCCGGCUAUGAGCCGGAAGCGCUCAUUAAAUGAGCCUGAUGAUGAUAUGUCGGCCAAGAGAUCAGAAGAUAAGCCCUCAAAGUUAUGCGAAAAGAACAAAAUGCUAGCGAAGCUGCUGCAGAAUCCCCCAAAGAUACCCAAAGCACCGAAUCCCGAGCAGCCAUUGCAGGUAAAGACGUUGCCGGACAUAACUUGCUCAUCGAUUAACAAUGUCAGCAGUACACUAGCGGCACCGGGCAAUCUAAUAAGCGCAGGUAGUACCGGUCCAACGCCAAAACCUACUGCAGCGGGACGUGUUCGUAAACAACAACAGCAACCGCAACCAAACGAUGUCUACCUCCCGCAACAACAACAGCAGCAGCUAUCUGCUUACCAACAACAGCAAGCAACAACAGCAACUACCUCAUUAAGCACAACUUCAGCCUCAACGGUCAGCCAUGCCGAUGGUGAUACGGAGCUGUCAAAGCUGUUGGACAGCGUCAUGGACUACUAUACGGAUGAUACGCCAAUAGUGCCGAGUGCACCUUCUGAGGCUUCAGCAAUCAGUGACAUACAAAAAUCGCUGAUGCUGGACGUGGAGUCCGCCACAUUUGGUCAUGUAAUGGGUCAGCAUGGACCAGGAAUGCUGAGCAUGCCACAACAUAAUGAGCAACAGCAACAGCGUCACCAGCUCAUGCAAACACAGCAACCGCCCGCCUAUCCGGGUAUGCUUAGUUUACAGCAGCAGCAACACCAGCAACAUAUGUUGCAGAUGCUGCAGCGACAGCAGGCCACAGGCGGACCGCAACAGAUCAAUAUGCAGCACCAACAGCUCGAAGUCAUGAGAAAUCAGGGCUUUCAGCGCCCUCCUCCCAUGUACCCUGCUCGUGGACGCGGUCCAAUGAACGCUGUGGCAACGCCCGGAGGUGGUUUGGUGUUGCCACCGCAGCAGCAAUUCCGCAACAUGCGACAACAACAGCAGCUUGCAGCGGCCCAGCAAAAGGAACGGCUUUUACAACAACAACAAAAGCAGCAGCUGCUUGUGCCCGAAAAUGCCACGGGUGUGAGUGCCGGUAUUAACAAUAUUAGCUCACUACUCAAUGCACCUGUGGCCCCGAACGUUUCGCUGUCACGUACCAAUCUACCCGCAGAUGCCCAACUCAGUCCAAAUUUUGCGCUUAUGCAGCAGCAGCUGAGUCCAGGACGCAGCACGCCUUAUAGUCCCCAGCCAAAUCAAGGUUACGGGCCACAAUUUCCACAAAGUACACAACGUCUCUCGCCACAGCAACAGCUUAGUCACCAGCAGCAGAGCAAUGCUCAGCAGCAACAGCAGAUUAGCGCCUACCAACAGCACCAAAUAACCGAUGGGGGUCGUGUGAAUACAUCCUUCGGAGGCACCCCGAAUUUGCAAUCUACCGGCAUGCAGAACAAUCCGCAGCAAUGGGCUCCAGGCACUGUUGGCACUAGCAAUGCAACGCGCACACUACAAUCUCAUAACCCCAAUCUACUGGCGCAAUUACAGGGUGGAAGUCCUUACAAUGCCCGCCAGUUUCAACAGAAUCAGCGUCGUGGCGUAAACUCACCAAACACCGUGGGUCCCGGUAGCAACGCAGGACCUCUGCAACGACAAAAUGCAUUUCAGACGCAGGCAGGCGGUGUUUCAACACCCGAUGGGAGCGGCUUUGGAGGACCCCACUCGCCGUAUGGCAGCAGCGGAAACGUUUUCCAGCAGCAGCAAUUGCAACGUUUGCAGCGACAAAGCAGCGUACCCCAAGCGACGCAACAUUUACCAGGCUCACCCCGCUUUGGUUCGUCCACUGGAACGAACAACAACAGCAGCCACAACAACCACACUGAAAACAAUGCAACAACUGCUGCCAAUAGCCAGCAGCAGCAACAACAACAUCAACAGCAGCAGCAACAUCUCAUCAAUGGGAUGAAUAUGAGUCCGCACCCGGCCAUGAUGGGUGUGGGCGGCAUAGGCAGUGGCGGUGGUAAUGGCAUCAUUGGCCUUGGCGGCGGUGGCGGAAACAGUUAUGCUUCCAUGGGUGGUUAUGGCCAACCACAGAGUGCAAAUGAUUUUUAUGGUCGUGCACAGACCGCUGGUAAUCCCGGCGGAAAUGUGGCAACAGGCACCGCUAGUUCUGGAAACUCGGUUGGCAAUGCCAAUUCCUCCGAAUUCGUAAAGCAAGAGCUUCGUGCUGUCGUUAGUGUGCGGGCACAACAGGCAGCAGCAGCGGCUACAAGUGGGGCAGGUGGAAGCAGCAGCGGAGUAGGAGCGCGUGGCCCCACGCCACAAAGUCCGCUGCAACAGGGACCAAUGAUUGCCAGCGGAAAUAGUACAAAUGCCAUGGGAAGCACAACAUCAAGUGGCACUGUCAACAGUAGUAGCAACAACACUGUGCUCAAUACGCCUCCAGACCCAACACUCGGCUUUAACUUUGAAACGCCGGACUUCUAUACCAGCAGCGCCACAAGGUGACCCUAAGGUGCCUAAACAUCAAAAUAAACAGGAAAACAGCAUCUAGCAACUGCUAAAAACUCGUAUAAAAUGUUCAACGCAUUUAUGGCUCUAAACGUUUUCAAACGGCGCCGCAUUUUGUUUCGAUACAAAGCAGCUACACACAAAAUUGAAAUGUGAAAAAAAGAGUACAUAUGAAUAACCUAUACGGCACUGUCUAAACAUUAUAUGUACAUGUAUGUAUGUGUCUAAUUUCUGCACAUAAGCCAAAAGGAAAUAUAUAGUUUAUAUUUAUUAUUAAUACUAGCAAAUAUUAAUUAUAAUACAUAAUUAAACAUAGUUUAAACAAAACAAAACAGAAAUGCAAAGCGGGAACCUCGUCUAUAAUAAUUUAAAAUACUUUACAGACCCGUUAUAGUUAAAUAUUUUCAAAUGCUUAAUAAAAGAUAUUUAUUAUUAUGUAUAUUUGAUAUAAAGCAUAGAAUUAAGUGCUAUGUAUACAAUGGAAUGUGGCUGGCAAACGUUUCAUAGUGUUGUUAAAUUGAUACAUACAUACUAUAUUUGCAUAGUAGUAUACACAUAAAAAUAAAAAAGUGAAAGAAGUUUAUACCAUAUUUGACAAUGAUUGAACUUGGACACGCAUCUGCUUACUAGAUUUGAGAUUGUAUGAAAUUCAAAAUAGCA